GCUGCCAUGGAAGUGCCGAGCGUCAAGGACUUCCACUGGAAGAGCCUGGCGCCGCUGCCCCGCCGCCGCGUCUACUGCGCCCUGCUGGAGAGCGGGGGGCAGGUGUACGCCAUCGGGGGCUGCGACGACGGCGGCGUCCCCGUGGACUGCUUUGAAGUCUACUCGCCCGAGGCCGACCGCUGGACCGCCCUGCCGCCCCUGCCCACCGCCCGCGCCGGCGUGGCCGUCACCGCCCUGGGGAAGCGCAUCAUGGUGAUCGGGGGCGUGGGCACCAACCAGCUGCCCCUGAAGGUCGUGGAGAUGUACCACAUCGACGAGGGCAAGUGGAAGAAGAGGAGCACGCUGCGAGAGGCGGCCAUGGGCAUCUCGGUCACGGCCAAAGAUUACCGAGUAUAUGCUGCAGGCGGGAUGGGCCUGGACCUCCGUCCACACAACCACCUCCAGCACUAUGACAUGCUCAAGGACAUGUGGGUGUCACUAGCACCCAUGCCCACCCCAAGAUAUGCCGCCACCUCCUUCCUCCGAGGCUCCAAGAUCUAUGUGCUAGGGGGACGGCAGUCCAAGUAUGCGGUCAAUGCCUUUGAGGUCUUUGACAUCGAGACUCGCUCGUGGACCAAGUUCCCCAACAUUCCCUGCAAGCGGGCCUUCUCCAGCUUCGUGACCCUGGACAACCACUUGUACAGCCUGGGAGGCCUGCGGCAGGGUCGGCUGUAUCGGCAACCCAAGUUCCUUCGGACGAUGGAUGUGUUUGACAUGGAGCAGGGAGGAUGGCUAAAGAUGGAGCGCUCCUUCUUCCUCAAGAAGAGACGGGCCGACUUUGUGGCUGGCUCUCUGAGUGGCCGGAUCGUAGUGGCAGGGGGACUUGGGAACCAACCCACUGUCCUGGAGACAGCGGAAGCAUUCCACCCAGGGAGGAACCGAUGGGAGGCGCUCCCUGCCAUGCCCACACCCCGCUGUGCCUGCUCCAGCAUCGUCAUCAAGAACUGCCUCCUGGCCGUGGGGGGCGUCACGCAGGGCCUGAGCGACGCCGUGGAGGCCCUGUGUGUCUCCGACUCGUAGCCAUCCGCAGCCCAGCGUCUACGCCCUGGAAUCUCUCUCCUUCACUGCUGACAAGGAAUGGCCUUGCCAAAGCAGUUGACCUAUUUCCUGGCUUGUCAACUCCUCGCAGCCAGCAGGGUCAGGCUCUGGGGCUCUCCGUGACCUCCUUCGACCCUUAAUACAACCAAUCCCAGAAGAGGAGAAGAAG